AUGACACUCCUCCAAUUCCUCCGUCAAGCACGUCAAGUGCACCUCCAAUUCCUCGCAGGCACUCUCUCCGAACCCCCAAUCUACGUACUAGGCAACCCCUCCGCCGAUCUCGACUCGAUUAUCUCCGCAAUCGUCUACUCCUACUGCGCCAACAACCGCCUCCCAACCACAACCUCGCGCCCACAUAUCCCGCUCCUGAACCUACCCAACAUCCCCGCAGGCCCAGAGCUAUAUAGGCUCCGACCGGAGUUUGUCACAGCACUAUGGCUCUCAACCAAUUUCCCCGCCUUGAGUCUGAAUGAGCGAUUCGACGACUCCUCCGAUUCAGCAGGGAAUGUACUACGCGAACAUAUCAUCACCACGGCGGAUUUUGCACAGAAUCUGAAGGACCAAUCCAUAGCUCGCAAGUUGGAUGUUGACACGACGCUGGUGGACUGGAAUGCGCUACCAGAACGCGUCGACGGAGCGGCCGGGAAGGGUUCCUUGGGCGGUACUCUGUCGGAGGUUACCUUCCACGCCAUUGGCUGCAUUGAUCACCACGUCAAUGAGGACUUCAUGCCCAACAAAGAAGCCCUGCCGACUGGACAGCCGCUGAUCAUCCAGCCUGGCCCGGGGUCAUGUGCUUCAUUAAUCACAAACGAGAUGAAUAAGCGGGGCUUCUGGACCGUAGCUACAUCAAGCGCGGAUGACUUCGCGCAGGUCGCGAAGCUGGCUCUCGCUCCCAUUCUUAUUGAUACCUCGAAUCUCACAGCAGAAGGCAAAGUCACAGAUGUAGAUGUGCAGGCUGUUGAGUUCUUGCGGCCGCAACCUGGUGGCGAUUAUCCGUGGAACAUGGAGAAAUUCUAUGAACAGAUUCUCGCAGCAAAGCAGAACAGUCUGGAUCGGUUGACGUUGCAUGAGGUUUUGGAUCGGGAUUAUAAGGAGUGGACUGAGACGGCUAAGUCCGAUCAGAGUAUCACGCUCGGGUUUUGUUCGUCUGUGAAGCCUAUUCGAUGGGUCAUUGAGAAAGCGGGUGAUCCUCAGAAAUUCUUAGAUGGUGUGCGCUCGUUUGCUACUUCGGGAGGGAAGCAGCUGGAUGUUGUGGUUGUUAUGACGUCUUUUACGUCUAGCGAGGACCAAUUCUCUCGCGAGCUCUUUAUCUGUGUGGUGGGUGAUAAUGGGCUUGCAGUUGAGGGUAUUGAGAAGUUUGUUGCGCAUACUGCGUCUCACCUUAAUCUUGCGGAGUGGACGGCGUUGGAUGGUACGGUAGUUGAUGUCUCUGAGGAGGAGAUUCGUUCUACACUGAAUGGAGAUAAGGGCAUCUGGAGAGCAUUAUGGGUCCAGAAGGAUACAAAGGCGAGCAGGAAGCAGGUCGCUCCUUUGCUGCGGGAUGCUGUAUCCAAGUUAUAA